AUGGCGCCACAGUCGACCUUCAACGCGAUAGUGGGCACCUCGGUAGCGUUCUCGUUAAUCGCCUGUGCGUCUGUGGGUUUAAGGUUAUACGCCCGAGUUCGUAUCAUCAAAUUGGCGAGGCACGACGAUGCUGUGCUUAUUCUCGCAUUGAUGGGCAUGUUAGCAUACACCGUGUUUGUUUGCGCACAAUUACCAUACGGCUUGGGUGUUCCAAUACAAGAAGUGCCGCUCGAAGACCUGUCCAAAGUGCUCAUGUACUUGUGGGCAAGCAUUCUUUGCUAUGCCGUAUCACUGGCCGCUAUCAAGACGUCGAUCCUACUCCAAUUCCUCCGUUUCCUAGUCGGCAAGAAAGUCACGAGACUCUGCUGGGUUAUGGUCGGCGUGUGUAUAUGCUAUGGGAUAUCCUCGGUCUUCGCCACGAUUUUCUUCUGCGUUCCUGUAUCAGGGUUCUGGAAGCCUUCACCCACAGACAGGUGCAUCAGCAGGCAAGGACUCUGGCUCGCGCACUCGGGCAUCAACAUCGUCACUGAUGUCAUCAUCUUCCUCAUACCUGUGCCAACGGUUCUCCAAUUGAACAUGAAUAUGAGGCAGAAAAUCGCUGUGAUUGGUGUCUUCUGUAUUGGAAUCAUAGUGUGUUUGAUCACUGUUCUGAGACUGGAUAGUAUAAUUACUGUCGCUAGAACCUCGGAUGUGACAUACGACAACGUUAAGGUAGCUAUAUGGAGCAAUGCCGAGCUCACAACGGCAAUAUUCUGUGCUUGUUUAAGCGGCAUCAAGCCAUUUGUUCAAUGGGUCUCCACACGAAAAUCACUUUCUCGUUCUCGACAAUCCUACAUUUUGAAGAUCCCCGGAGACAUUUUCAACUCGGGCAAUAACCGCAACACGGACAAGAACCUGAGGAACACGAGGCAGGAACUCGGUUCUGGACAGAGCAGUAGCCGGUUACAAAAGGAUACAGCAGAAGAUGCUGCAGUAUCUGAGCUUGAACUCAGCUCGAAUUCUGUAUGA